CCUACUUUUUUAUCCUUUUUUUUUUUUCGUAAAUAUUCAUUCAAAAAUUAACAUGAAGAAAGCCCUAAUUGAUCCCCUGCAACUGGAAUGACGUGGAAAUUGUCUGUACUGAGGAAUCAAGAAAUCCUGUCUCAAUUCUCAAAUGUUAAAUCUUAGGCCUUGGGUUCUUGAUCAUUGCGUUGCUGGUUUCAUUUGGAUUUGACUCAAGAAAGUUGGAAAGUUUUCAGUAUGGAUUCGUAAGGGUCCAGUUUUCUGUUGCAGGAUCGUAAUCUGUGAACAGGGUUUUGGUUUUAGCUGUCGAAGAUUUCAUAAUUCAAAUCCUGAAGGUUUAGUAACAACGGGGUUGUAAUAUCUGCACAUGCAACUUGAUAGACGAGGGAAUAAUUGGUUAUAGCUAAUAGGGUUGAUUUCGAGUGUGCCUCACAAUGAAGACCAGUGAUCGUCUUGCAAAUUUGGCUCUAGCAGGUUUAACUUUGGCACCACUGGUUAUGAAAGUAGAUCCAAAUCUAAAUGUCAUUUUAACAGCAUGUUUGACUGUUUAUGUUGGUUGCUAUCGGUCAGUCAAGCCGACACCACCAUCAGAGACAAUGUSACAUGAACAUGCUAAGCGCUUUCCCUUAGUUGGUAGCGCAAUGCUCUUAUCACUGUUCUUACUGUUCAAGUUCCUAUCAAAAGRCUUGGUUAAUGCUGUGUUGACAUGCUACUUCUUUGUACUUGGGAUCAUUGCACUUUCUGCAACAUUACUACCUGCUAUUAGGCGUUUUCUUCCAAGAAAUUGGAAUGGGGAUUCUAUUAGGUUGCAUCUUCCCUAUUUUCGUUCUGUGGAGGUUGAGUUCACGAGAUCUCAGAUUGUUGCUGCAAUCCCAGGAUCUUUUUUCUGUGCAUGGUAUGCUAAAGAGAAGCAUUGGCUAGCCAACAAUAUAUUGGGAUUAGCAUUCUCCAUUCAGGGAAUUGAAAUGCUUUCUCUUGGAUCUUUUAAAACUGGUGCUAUUCUUCUGGCUGGCCUUUUUGUAUAUGAUAUAUUUUGGGUCUUCUUUACUCCGGUGAUGGUUAGUGUUGCAAAAUCUUUUGAUGCUCCAAUAAAGCUUUUGUUCCCAACGGCAGAUUCUGCACGACCAUAUUCCAUGCUUGGACUUGGUGACAUUGUAAUUCCUGGUAUAUUUGUUGCAUUGGCAUUACGUUUUGAUGUGUCUAGAGGGAAAGAGAAUCGGUAUUUCAGAAGUGCAUUUUUUGGAUAUACAGUUGGUUUGGUUCUGACAAUUAUUGUGAUGAAUUGGUUUCAAGCUGCACAGCCUGCACUUCUAUAUAUUGUACCAGCUGUAAUUGGAUCUGUGGCUGUUCAUUGCAUUUGGAAUGGGGAAGUCAAACUGCUGUUGGAAUUUGAUGAAUCCAAGACUGAUGCUUCUUCAACUCAAGAUGGUGAAUUAAGUAGAGUUGAUGCCAAAUCUUACACAAAAGUUGAGUAGGGUAAAGAGCCGGAGGUUGGAGAUUUUAUGAUUAAGAAGAUGAUGAUUUACCUCGAGGAAUCUGAUGCCUUGGAUCUCAGCCACAAGCAAACUUGUGAAUGUAGACAAGUUUCCAUUGUAACAGAUUUUGGUUUAAAUGAAUAAAACAAUAUGUAGUUGUUAAUUAAUAGAACCCUUUAAUUUGUUCUUUCUUCCCCCAUUUGUUGGGGGGAAGGGUGGCGUUUUCGUCGUUUAUUUCUAGUCCUUUUAUUAAUGGACGAUGCAACUCGCAAUAGAGGUCGCUCAAGUUUUAUUGUAAGACACGUAAGGUUUAUCGUGGUACCAUUCUUACAUGAGGGAUACACAGAUGCA